AUGAAACGGAAUCACGUAAAGAAGUUGAACGAGCACAAAUAUGACGAUUUUCUCCCAAUACUAAACAACGUGUUCAGGAAAGCUCGUUACUUCGGGAUCUCAGGCUAUGGGUUCAACCUGUUUUUCGCUUGGAGCCUGAUACUAUUCACAAUGCUGGUGAUCGCAGAAACCGUGGCAGUUUGGAAAGUAGUAAGGUAUCUUGGAGGGUGGUUGAUGAGUGCUUCUGAGAAUGGCCUUAUAGGUCGGAUGUCAGGAGCCAUAUUCUAUGCAAACGCAUUGAUAUCGUUAUUCCUUUCAUCAAAGUUUGUACAUUCCUGGAGGAACCUUUACAUUUACUGGCUGAGUACUGAGACUAACACUGCACUCAAGUUCCCUCCCGAUGUGAGGAUGAAGAAGAGGGCGGUUAUCAUAAUUAUCUUCGUUACUAGUGUUGCUAGUCUUGAACACAUACUCAGCAUGAUAUCAGCUACUGGUGUUGGCUUUCCCAUCGGAGAAUUUAUAUACAGAUACGUCACUCUCAGUCACGAGUUCCUGUUAAGAGCUCAGGACUACAGUCCAUGGAAUGGUAUACCAAUUUUCAUUCUCAGCAAAUUGGCGACUGUUCUAUGGAACUUUCAAGAUCUGAUCAUUAUUCUGAUCAGCAUAGGACUCAGUUCUCGGUACAAAAGACUGAAUUCGUACGUUAGACAAAUGGUUACCGUUGAAAAACGAACUGAGACCAAACCAAAGUUUGGCACAGAACUAUACUUACAAAUUCAAGUAUGGCGUCGCCUGCGCGAGGCGUAUGUACGACAAUCAACACUCGUGCGCAUGGUCGAUCGUAAGCUUGGAUCUCUUGUGUUGCUGUCCAAUAUAAAUAACUUGUAUUUCAUCUGUUUGCAGAUUUAUCUGGGAAUACAUAAACCGAGCGCAAGCACAAUAAGUCGUUGUUAUUUCCUCUUCUCGCUAAGCUGGCUAAUUCUAAGAGCUUGCAGCGUAGUGAUCGCUGCGUCCGACGUACAUCUGCACUCGCAAAGCGCUUUGAAACUACUGCACUCGUGCCCCAGCGCCAAUUAUAAUAUCGAGAUGAAAAGGCUACAAUAUCAGCUGUCACACGACUUUGUUGCACUGACCGGAAUGGGAUUUUUCUCGCUACGGAGAGGACUGUUGCUUGAAGUGGCAGCAGCAAUAUUAAAGUACGAAUUAGUUUUAAUACAAUAUGACAAAUAG